CGCGCAAUGUUACAUUAACAUUCGUGCGGAGAUCGGAGCCGUACAAUAGCUUCAGUCUGUUCUCUUCUUCACGGGCGCGCAGUGUCACCGUUCCUAAUCGGUGUACCGAUCCCUCUUCCCGGUUCGUUCUUCUACAGAUUUCAUAUAUCUUUUUGAGUGUUCCUAGCUCGAAGCAGAGUCGAGCGAUGUAAAAUUACACAGAGACUCGCGAUCAAAAAGAUGAGGGGUGCCAUGGAUCAGUACAACGACGACGACCUCUUCAGCGGUGGCCCUUGCCCUUCGUGUCGAUUGGCCAUCAACAAAGAGACCGGUCGACUGAAGUGGUGCAUGGGUGGGAACGACACUUGCCGCUUUCGCGUCAAGCUGAUGCUCUUGAUCCCGGCCGUGUUGCUGCCGAUCACUAUCAUCUUUAUCGCUCUAUCGCGAUCCCAGGUGAUCGGCAAGACUCCUUAUCAUCGCACUUAUUUGAUCCACGCGACUAGAAGACAGGACGAGAGGACCGAGGAAACUUUUCCGCAGACCAGCAGCAGAGAGGCAGAGCGAGCCGGUGAAGAAGAGGAAGAAGACCGAAUUCUAGUACCUGGAAUGAAAACAAGUUACGUGCCGGUGGAAACGCUACUUCCACCGCGGCAGCUGCAACGACGCAAGAGGGAACUGGAUGGGAUACGGUCAACAGACUACAAUGUCGAGAAGACGAACGAUCAGGAUCCUGAAGAAGAUUUAGAUAACUUUCUGGACGAUUAUUACCCUGAAGAGGAUGCUGAUGAGAUCAAAGAAAAUUCCGAGAUACAGAACAACUAUUAUCAAGAAUACGACACUCGCAAAAAAGAAGAACCGCACUCGAAAUUUCAUGGAAAAUACGACGACAUCGAGGACCGUUCUCAGGAUGAAUCAGACGAGGGUGAACAAGGUGGUAGACAUUCGAUUUCCGUCGACGAUUCCGACACUGGUUUGCCGAUCACCGAUGAACAAUGGAAGGACGACACCAGUACUGAUUUUCACGCGUUCUGGAAGGGUGAAGGGAACGCAUGGGCCAUCAGGAAGGCUCAAGCAAAAAUCAUGCUGAAGUACAUGGACAAGAGCGCCGAUCCCUGCGAGGACUUCUAUCAAUAUGCCUGUGGAAAUUGGGCAAGGCAUAAUCCUAUACCAAAAGACAAAGCAGCCUACGACACGUUUGAGAUGAUCCGAGAAUCCUUGGACACUGUGCUGAAAGAACUACUUGAAGAUCCGAUAAUCAGAGGGAUGGAAUUAAACACAGAAGAUGCGACAGUGAAAGCUAAAUAUCUUUUCCAAAGUUGCAUGAAUUACGAGAUCUUGGAGCAACGCAUGGAACGGCCUCUUAUACAGCUCUUGGAUGAACUCGGUGGAUGGCCUAUCUUGAGACCAAAUUGGGAUCCAGAGAAAUUUGACUGGCUACUAUUGGUCGCGCAAUUACGACUCUAUAACAAUGAUAUUCUUAUUUCCGAGUGGGUUGCACCGGAUAUUAAGAACAGCGAUCAAUAUGUCAUACAGUUUGAUCAAACGUCCCUGGGCCUUCCUACGAGAGAUUAUUUUCUUCAACCAUCGAACACGAUCUAUCUGAAAGCCUACAAGAAUUAUUUAAUUAAGAUUGCGACAUUGUUGGGUGCAUCCUUGAAGAACGCCACCGUUGAUGCUGAUGAAUUGAUCGAAUUCGAAACGAAACUAGCCAAGAUCACCUCUACUCCCGAUGAAAGAAGAAACGUUUCAGAGUUGUAUCAGAGAAUGAGCAUCGGGGAACUGAGAACUCUAGUGCCACAAAUCAAUUGGCAUAGAUAUUUGACAAUCGUUUUAGCUCGUCCUACAAAUGUUUCUGAACCUGUUGUUGUCUAUGCGCUUCAGUAUAUACAGGAUUUGGUGAAUUUGUUGUCAAAGACCAGUCCGAGAACCGUGGCGAAUUAUCUUCUUUGGCGAUUCGUGAGGCACAGAGUGAACAAUCUGGACGAUCGAUUUCAAGAAGCUAAACAGAAAUUUUAUUACAUUCUCUUUGGUAGAGAGCAAGCACCGUCGAGAUGGAAAAAUUGUGUGGCACAGGUGAAUUCUAAUAUGGGCAUGGCUGUGGGCUCCAUGUUUGUGAAGAAGUAUUUUGAUGAAAAAAGCAAAAAUGAUACAUUAUCCAUGACCCGAGAAAUACAACGAUCGUUCAGAGAGCUCCUCAAUCAGACCUCCUGGAUCGACGACGAAACAAAAGAAUUGGCCACCGAGAAAGUAAACGCGAUGCUGUUGAGGAUCGGUUACCCUGACUUCAUUUUACAGCCCGAAUUGUUAAACGAGCGUUACAAGGAUGUCGUGAUCCGUCCAGACAAGUAUUUUGAGAAUACAUUAAACAUCUUGCAACAUUUGACCAGAGUCGAACAGGAUAGACUGGGUAGUCCUGUUAAUAAAACCCUUUGGAACACCGCGCCAGCAGUUGUGAAUGCGUAUUACAGUCGCAGUAAAAAUAGGAUAAUGUUCCCAGCCGGCAUACUACAGCCGCCAUUUUAUCACAGAUACUUUCCACGGAGCUUAAAUUACGGCGGGAUCGGUGUCGUGAUCGGCCACGAAAUCACUCAUGGCUUCGACGAUAAGGGUCGGCUGUUCGAUAAGGAUGGUAAUCUACAUAGAUGGUGGAAAGACGAAGCUAUUUAUGGCUUUCACGAACGAGCACAAUGUCUUAUCGACCAGUAUAGUCAUUAUACGGUGAGCGAGGUUGGAAUGCAGAUAGAUGGUAUCAACACUCAAGGCGAAAAUAUUGCCGAUAAUGGCGGCAUCAAACAGGCUUUUAGGGCUUAUGAAAGAUGGAUGCGCGUAAACGGGGACGUCGACGAGACUUUGCCCGGUAUGAACGCAACCGGAAAGCAAUUAUUCUUUCUGAACUUCGCCCAGGUGUGGUGUGGUUCCAUGAGACCGGAAGCAACCAGGAACAAAUUGAAAACCGCAGUGCAUUCACCCGGAAAGUUUCGCGUGGUCGGUACUCUGUCGAAUUCGGAAGACUUUGCUGAAGUAUUUAAUUGUCCGCUCGGUGCGCCUAUGAAUCCAGUUAACAAAUGCUCGGUUUGGUGAUCUGUGGACGCUGCUUAUGUCGACAAGUUUAUCGAAUGAAUCCUCGUGGUGAAUCAGAGCGACGCGAUAAUGAAGAAAUUGCUAUCUUGUUGGCUGAUCAAUGGCCACGAUGGAAGAUGCAACGAUUGGAAAUCAAUCUUUAUACAUAAUAUUAUGCUUGUAAUCGUAGUUCAUGUUGUAGAGCAUCAAGCUUUGCGUUUGAUCUUCGAGAUGUUUUUAAUCCCCGGAUGGCGGACCAUAAAUUAUUCGAAAACUGUUUUCCUGUGGAGAAGCCAAGCACACCCAGAUCCUUACAUCAAUGGGUAUGGGUCAUAAUUCAAUCCGCAUCCAAUGGCUAAUUGAUUCGGAACGCGAUACGAACAACGAACCAAGGAAAGAAUGCAAAUAAUAAUUGUCGUAUGGACGAUUAGCAGCCAUGCAACGUAAUUGUAAUUAGAAGUACAACUCGCGCUAACAAAAUACGCUGUAAUAAAAUAAUUUCGUUUGCUCUAUGAGCCUCGUAGAUUGCCGAAACAGCUGCGCUGUUUUUGCAUUGAAAUUGUAAUGAAAAAAGAAAGUCAGAGACAAAUAAUAAUUUCAGACAGUGAUAAAAA